AUGCUUGUGGCGGCGGUUGGCAUGAUCAACAAUGGUGGGUUGGCGGAGCAGAUCCUGAACGACGACGACCUGGAUGUGAUCCUGGUUGGGAGGGCGUUCCAGCGCGAUACAGGCCUCGCAUGGCACUUCGCCAAGGACUUGGAUGUUGAGAUUGCCAUGGCCAUCUGCAUAUCAUGUCCUCUCAACACCAUCAACCGCCUGAGCCCAGAGUGUAUAUCAAAUGGCACACGAUCCCAGACGUUGACAACCCAGCCCUCCCCUCCCAAGGCCUUGAAGCCACCCGUCAACAAUAUCGACCACCUCAUCGUCAGCGUCAACGCAACGCAGACAGUCGCAGCCCUGCAGGAGGGAGGUUGGGGUUUGCACGGAGGUCAAUGA